GCGGCAACCCCAGAAUACAUGUUCAGCUGUCUGACUGAUGUGUAAAGUUUUUUAAUUAUGCGUGAAAUUCGGAUUUUGCGUGCUUUAUAAGGUGUUUAGGAACUGUAUUUUCUUCCAAACAAGGUAAAGAAGGAGUUGAAAUCAUGCGGUGGGUUGCGCAUAUAGUGAUAUUCGAUAAAAACUGCGGUAAAGCUGUGCGCCAGGAUUUAUCACAGACGACCAGCACGCUGGCCAGCAGUUUAGCAAUCCCAGAGACGCCGAGAGUGUCUGAUGAUGAGUCAGACUAUGAGGAGGAGGCGUGGGAGAGCCUCUUGACUGCCACUAGGAGUCUCCUUUACACGCCAAACAGUCUGAUGGACGUGGAAACGAGUCCUCACGAGCAUCUGAGGAAGAUCAUCGACGUGAUGACGACCAAUGCGAGUGCAGAUCUCGCGGCGAAGACGCUGAAUGAGAUGUGGAGUGUUGUGUUGAAUAUCGUGCCAAUGGUGAAAGUCGCCAAUGAGAAAAUGAAUCUGCGAAGUGACUUGGAAUUCAAGCUGAUCACAAUUGAUCUCCUCACGCAAUAUGUUAACUUUAAGGCCAGAGUCACAGAGGUUGAGAUCUCCAAUCGCUACAUCACGGCUGACGAGCUGGAGAGGAAGCGCGAGGAUCUGUACAUGAAGAUCUUCCUGCUGCUGGACAGCUCGAUUGAGGACAUCCUGAUGCUCCUCAUGAGUCUCGAUGUGCAGAAGAAAUACGACGGAAUGCUCUAUCCGCUCUUCAAGAAUGUCCUGACCAACCCGACGUUCCACCAGAAGCUGGACACCAUUAAGUACGUCCGCAGAAUUCUGUGCUUCCGCAAGUGGCGGAAACUCACGCCGCAUCGCGAGGAGAAGAAGAAGAUCUACGAUUACGCCAAGAUGAUCAUUCCGCGAAUCAUGCCAACGAGCAGCGUGAAGUCGCAGGUCUUCUGCCAAAUCCUGGCGCCGAUCUCACGACGGAAGAAGCAGAUGACGAGAUUUCUCCUGAAGAGCAAGCAUGUGGACGAGCAGAAGCAAGUGCAGGACUUCUUUAGGUUGUGGAAGACGAGUGUGAUGAUUAAUGAGAAGUUCUUCAGUGUGCCAAAGGUUCAGGAAGCUGUAAGUAUGGUGAUAAUGAGGGGCGUUUUAGGCCUUUUUUGCAGGUGUUUUUGCAUCGAAAUCAUCAAUCAACACUCUUCAAUCAACAAAUUGUCUUACAUGUUUGAAGUUCAGAAUUUGUUAGUAAUUUGUGCAAUGUUAAAAAUCAUCUCAGGAUCUUCAAUCAACAUUCACCAGCAAUCAUCAAUCAACUCAAGGCGGCCGUUCGCUGAAGGACAGCGGAAAGAGCUGACAAUUGAGAAAAAACGCGCGUAGAAUUAAGAAUAGUUUGUCUUCUCAAGAGAUUGUGAUCAAUUUGUGUGACUCCGAUGAGGAAAUGCAGGAAUGUGCGCCCGUUGUGGAGGUGCUGGACAGCGAGGAGGAGGAGCGAGAGAUUGUCAGGCGACAGAAGAGGAAAGAGCCAAUGUCGAAGACAGAGAGAGGAAUUUCACGAAUCGCAAUCAGAAAAUGAAGACAUUUAGCGCAUAAAUAUGACGGACAAUUGAUUAAUACACUUAGAAUUAGUGCAGAUAAUGUAGAUAGAGACGUAAUUCCGGAGCUGAGCAAGAGUACAAUAUAAUUAAUUAACAGGAAGCUCUUCAAGCUUGACAGUGAAGAAUUGUCAUGUCGAGAAGAAGUGUAACUAAUUCAAUUCAAAGGAUUCUUUUGUAUGUUAACAACAAUCAACACGGCAAUGCAGAAUACAUGCUCAGAUAAGUAUCAACUAAUCACUUCAAUCCCUUUCUUGGUGUUCUUCUGUAAUCAAUUGGACUCUUAUAUCGAUCGGCUAGUGAAGAUUUUCCCCCUUUUCCCCUAUAAUUGUGUGAAUUCCAAUAGAAUAUGUAUAGUAUUAUUUUCUAUUGAUAUAAAUACCAAUAAACAGCUCGCUUUUUUGUGUGUAAAUUACAAUUAAAAUAUCCGCGCAUAAGAGCAUGUAAAUACGAUUUAUUCGGCAUUAGUGAUACGGAAAACAAAUUGCAAAUAUUUUAAAAUUUAUGGACGAAAUCCACACGAAUCUCGAAACACAAGACAUAUAAUAAUAUCUUAAGUUCUCGGCGUAAUUUUGAUGAUUUCUUAUCCAUCAUUAAGUAUCAUUUCACUCUUGCUAUUCAUGUUCAUAAUUAGGUAGAAUUUAGAUAUGAAAUCGUGUAAUAAAAUUGAAAUAAUCAUAAGAAAAUACUCGCUUUACUCCUUCG